AAGAUAUGUGAUGCGAAACGACGAAAACGCAGAACGCAGCUCUCAAACCCUCGCCCUCGUCUUCUUCUUCAAUGGCGGAUGCCCGAUCUUAGCCGACCAACCCCAUGCUCCUCCCCCAUCUCCCUCUUGACCUUCCCUCUUCGCCCCACGAUAACUCCCGCCCGCCUCCACCGCCUACGCCCGCGGCGGCGGCGGCGGCGGCGGAAGCAAGGCGGGAUCCUGAAGCCGCCUCAGAAGAAGACGCAACCGUUUCCCCAACCCCCGACGUCGUCAUCCCCGAUCUCCGUGAGGAGCCACCAGCACCACCUCCCCCAUCGCCGGAGCUCCGCCGCGAUUCCUCCUUCAAUCGCAAAAAGCCACCUUCCGCCAAGCAGAAGUUGGCGCUACGCACCGCCUCUUUCCGCCCAGUUCCUUUCUCCCCUGAUGACGCGCUAGCCACCCUCAAUAUCGCGGCCCACGAGACCCUCUUCCGCGCGCUCGGCCUCUGGGACUUUGCUCGUCUCCCAUUGGACCGCGGCAUCCGUUCCGACCUGCUCGUACCCCUCAUCGCCAACUAUGAACCCACAAAACGCCGCAGCUUCGUCGGUGGCCUACGCGUCUCGAUCAGCCAUCCGGACCUCGCGCGCGCUCUGAUGCUCCCCGUCACGAAGGAUAAGUCUGGCUGCCCUGAGCCUCGUGCUGAGGACAACAUCCACGAUUUGUUCUCCAGGGAGGACUCGAUUUCCGCCGUUGUGGACUUCAUGUCGGUCUUCUUGCUUUUCCAAUUCCAGGAUGAUGCAUGCAUAUUGCCCACUGAGGUUGUUACAGCGCACCGGAUGGUGAAGGAAGGGCUGCUGCACAAGGUCGAUUGGGCUGGGUUGUUGUGGAUGUUUGUGGAGAAGGAAUUGCUCGACGUCCCCAACUCAGGGGUUUACCACUAUGCCUCGCAUCUCCAGUGCUUGAUAAAAUACCAACAGCCGAGAUUGUUUUUGGAAUCUGAAUGUAAGAUUGAGCCUACUCCUGAGGUUGAGUGUGAAGUUGAGAACUCCACGGAUGUAGAAAUGGAAGAAGACGAUGAUGCCGAAGAUGCCACUGAGUAUGCUGCUUCAAGGGCUAGAAGCUCAGAUGAUUUUGGUGUUUCCAUUGAAGAGAAGUGUGUGCCUGUGUUAUCUUCAGAACUGGGAGGUGAUUCUGAUAUGGCAGAUAGCUUUGAACGGUUCAAGGAGGGAAAGAAGCAGCAUAUAGAGGUGGAAAACAAUGGAGGUACAGAACAUUGUUUGAAGCUUUGCAAUUCACAUUGGACGAGAAAUAUGGAGUUUGAGAAUCUAUGUAUUGGAGAUGGGGAUGGUUGGAAAGAAGAGGACUUUGGCGAAGAGUUCUCAGGAAAAUAUGAUUUCUUGGAUAGGAUGGGUUCGUUUGAUAGGCUAACAUCAACUGACCUGGUUGUGGAUCAAGAUGGCGUAUUUUUGAUGAUGAGUGAUGGGCAUAAGACCAUGCCUCUAGACCAUGAGAAUGAUAGGGCUUAUUUUUCUGCUGAUAAUGGAAAAAGAAAGAUUUGUGAGAUAGACGACGAAGAAGAAGAUGAGGAGGAUGAAGAAACACAGGCAAGGGAGCAGAGUUAUCAACAAAAAAGGCCGAGGAGCAGCACAGUUUGGGAGAGUCCCCCAUCAGGAUUUGAUUCUAUCAUGGAGCAAACCCAAUUGUAUGCGGGAAAAGCUAUACUGCUUUCUGCAGAAAAAAAGAAAGCAUGCAUCGAUACCCAGUUACAGUUGAAGUAUUUGAAUGAGAUUCUUCAGCAGAAGGAUAGGGUCAUUCAGUCCUUGGAGAAGACAAGGGUGGAGGAGCAACAGAAGUGGCGCAUGGAGGCUUGUCGUUAUGAGCAAGAGAUCUAUUUGUUAGGUAACUUGAUGAUUGGUUGUAGGAGGGCAUUGAAUGAAUCACGUAGAGCUUUUACAGAAUAUAGAAAGAAGUACCCACAGGGCGAAGAGCCUCUCUACAAGGAUGUUAUCGGUUCUGGUGGUUUGGUUCUCAGCACAAAUGAGUUGGAGAGGCGACGUUUGGGGAAACAGAACGAACUUCGUUGUGCCACAAUGAACAUAGUUAAUAGUUUUGAGAAGGAAUGGAUGCUUAAGCUUGAACGUUCUGCCUCAUCACUUCUGACUCUGUGCAGGCGGAUCAUGGAACUUCAAGUAAAGAUCAAACUUUUGAAGGAAAGGUUUGAAAAAUCAGUGACAUCAGAUGCUUAAAUACUCGCAGAGACGAAGCUUCCAAUCAAAUUGCCUCAUUUUAUCCAUUUACGGUUAUUACUAUCUAUAUGGUUUAGUAGUUUUGCAACUUUUUAGACGUUUGAUUAUGCGAUUCUAAGUUAAUCUGACAGAUCAUAUACC